AUGGAUUAUGUUUAUAUUCUGGCCCCUCUGGGACUUGGCGUAAUUCUUACUUUAUGCAGUACAGGAUACUGCAUGUAUAUUCGUUACUCUAAACGUAAAUUAACGGAGCGUAUAAGAAGGCAAAUGCUUGCCAAAAUGAUAGGGGGACCAGAUGCGUCAGUUCAAGAUUUUCAGUGGUAUCCUAAAAUGAUAACCAAUGGUAUUUCGACGUAUCCAAUUCAACCUCCAUCAGAUAUUUUUGUACAGAAAGUUGGAAGGGAGUUAUACGCUUCACUUACGCGAACUACGCCAUAUAUGUCAAAUGUACCUAGUCAAGACCAAAGGAAUUCCACGCAUUAUCUUUCGUCAAAGAGUAGAACACAAAAUACAAACUUGCACAAGAAUAAUUAUUACUGUAAUAAUGAACCUGAAAGAAUUUAUGUCAAUUGUCCACAGAAACUAAGAAGUGAAGGCGAAUCAUACAGACAGCAGAUGAGGUAUUGA